AUGGCCAUGCAGCGGAAUAUGGAUUCACCGGCUGUGUCCGAGCCUAGCAAGCCCGGCCAAGCUCACCACUGGCCAACGCGACCAGCCGCCCUAAACGCUAUACAGCAGCCAGCUACCGCGCUGCUUCUUCAUGGCCUCUUUCCCACUCAGGUCACGUACAGCGGGAUCCACGUCUACGAGACGAUGUGCAAGGACGUCGCGGCGCGCACGAGGGUCCUCGAGCGCGAGGUGCAGAAGGGCGAGCACGAGAGGGUGCAGGGCGGGUACGGAAAAUACCACAGCGAGUCUCUCCGCAGUCGUCUCUCCCCCCGUCUCUCGUGCCCUGACACCUCUUCUCCCUCGCAUUGGCCCGUCGCAUCUAGGCACUUGGAUUCCUCUAGUGCGAGGACUGCCGCUUGCCAAGCAGUACAACUGCGACCAUUGAACUGGAUGAGCGCCGCAAAAUAUUACGGAGACCAGAUCCUGGAAUGUUUUAUUCCUGACUCUCAUCAACUCCCGGACAUUCUCAUCAAUCCGCCGGCCGACAUAGACCCGAACAUAGCCAUCGACGACGAUUGA